GAACCAUUGAAUCUUCUUACGUCACUUCGUCUUUUGUUUAAAUCUGACAAAAUCUUAAAAAAUGACUACACAAUAGUUUUGGAAAAUAAAUAAAAUAAAAUUUCCCAUCUCCAAUAAAUUUAAAAUGACGAAACAAGAUGACGGCCUCUUCCUCCUGGAGGUACUAAUCGAUAAAGUCGUAUUUAUAAAGAGUCCUUGCUUCUCCGACAAAGAUUUCAGAACAUGUGUCAACAUCGAGUGUUCAAACAUAGAACCUUUAGAGAUUUGCGAUGAUGACCCUGGUGUUAGUACAUCCAAAAGUAUGGGACCUUUUGUUAAAAAUUUCAACAGCGGAAAAUCGUGCCUGUUUUCUCUAAAGGAAUCUGAAAUAUCAGCCGCUAUGAGUAAAUUUCCUGUCAAAGUGUCAAUCUACAAAUCUUUGCCAUGCGGUUGCCUACCGACCAAAAUCGUGAUGGGAGAAACGACCAUCGAUAUGACAAAAGAGUUCGUCGAAGCUCGCAAGAACUUUUUAACAGAUCCGAAUAAUGUAAGCUAUCAGGCGUUGAAAGACUCCUUCCGUAUCUUUGGUCCUGAUGGCACGGAGACGGGGGAAAUAGUUAUGUUCCUACGCAUAUCUUGCUUUGGAAAAUUGAUAAUCACUCGUUUCCAAGGAGGAGGCCCCCCUGCCCUAAGUGCUGGUGGGGGGAAUGCUAUUGUAGAUCGCUCAUGUAACCCCCAGAGAGAGUUCCAAACAUCACAAGAGCCUUGUGCUUGUGGCGCUGCUAGAGGAAGUGCUGGCCUUGGUGCCGCAGGUGGAAAUGAAGGAACCAUGGGAGGUGGAAUCGGCGGUGGAGGAGGAGGUGUUUGCCCACCAGCACGUGACCUAUAUAAUAUUAUGCCAUGUCAAGAUCCGGAUGACCCAUGCUAUUGCACUGGCCCGAAACCACCACCAAAAGACCCAAUGGCUUGUAGGAAUACAGACCAAUAUUGUCUUCAUAUACCAAAAGGUGAAUUGCUGAAGAAGCCGUACACGCAAGAAAUAAUUAAGGAGCAGAAGAUAAACCUGAUGACAACUAUGCAAACGGACCGACUAUUUAUGAGUGAGAUUGUAUUAGCUAACAUCAAGGAAUGCAAUGAGAGAAGUAAUAUUCAAAAACAAUUUGCUAGAUUGCCAGAUUACAGCAUGCAGCCGUCUGAAUCUUACACGGUAUAUGAAAAUAUUUCAACGUUUGCAUUUGAUUCAAUAGAGUCAAAUAAACAAAGUAUCCCACUAUUUAAUACAUUAGAUUAUGCAAACAACUCUCAAAGCGAUUAUUUGAAUAGUGAACAUGAUUCAUUUGAUCUGGAAAACGAUCUCUUUUUUGGAACCAAAGAAACAGCAGUUUACAUGACGCUUUAUGACGACCUGUCUUACAAUCACAGUUUAAGGUCUCGAUCUACAGCAGGAACUCAAGCUACUGCAUCAAUAAAUAAAUGUUUACAAAUACAAAAUGAAAGUGAUAUAAGUACAAGGAGACCAAACACUAUAAGCUCAAAUUCCUGUAAUUAUUCCUCUUGUACAAUGACAACGAAUCCAUAUUACGGAAAUAAGAAAAUUGAUAGAAUGAGAUACUCUGAUGUUUAUUUUUUUGGACGGAAAAGAGAUCCACCGAACCCUGAACAGAUGGAGAUGGGAAAAAAAGUUAAACUUCAGAGAGGAGGACAAACAAAUUCAAUACCUAUUCAAACAAAUAAGGUCACUGGAGCUUCCACUGGAACAAGUACGAAAACAGUUUCAAUUAAAGAAGAUAAAAGUUGCAAUGAAAGCACUUGUCCCGCAAUAGCGCAAUCUGUCAAGGGAGAUAUGGUAGCCACAGUAUCACACAUAAAACUUGGGCCUCGAGAGCCAUGUCCAGUCCAUGGCAAAGAACCAUGCCAAGGACCUAAAUGUAUUGUGGCUUCAUCCGGUGAAGAAAAGGCCCCAGUCAAAGUCACAACCGUGAGCAAUCCCAGGCGAGGGGUAUUUGAACUUGUCAUUCGUAAGAUGACGGGAGCACCAUUAGCUAAAAAUGAAUUGAUGCUUGAGUGGACACCUCCACCUAACCAACCAUCUUGCAUCACGCCAUGUAUACUACCUUGUUCACCGACAGUGCCAUCAUGUCAUCCUUCAAAAUGUAAAAUGAUUGUAUGCCGACCUACGCCAUGCAAACCUAAUGGGUGCAGAAAGCCGUGCGGCCCUCCAUGUCGAUCUGUGCCUUGCAGCUUCUGCUGUAACAAAGUUUGUAGUAAGCCUUGUCGGCCUUGCAAACCAAGAAGACCUUGUACACCACCACGCUGUAGACCUUGCUCGCCAUGCAAACCUUGUAAACAAUGUAAGCCUUGCAGACCUUGUCCACCGCCACGUAAGAUAUUCAAACGACCCUGUCGACCUCCUCCCUGCAAGCCAUGUGGUCGCUGUAGACCUUGUUCUCCCUGUGAGUCACCACCGCCUUGCAAGCCUUCCUCUCCAUGUCGGUCAUGCAGGCGCUGCAAACCUUGCCCCCCGAUGCGUUGUAAGCCAUGCAGGAGGUGCCUUCCUUGUCCUUCUUCACCUUGCAGAAGUUGCCGACCUUGCCCUCCUUCGCCCUGCCGGCCUUUUCCGCCACCACCCUGCAGCCCGUGUUCUCUCUGCCCACCCUGCCCACCUUUAUGCACUCCAUCUUCUUUUUGUGACACUACAUAUCGAGGAUCUUCUUAUACGAGCUCUCCAUGCUUACCACCAUGUGCAAUGGUCCGCAAGAAAUCAAGGAAAUGUAAAAGCCACCCGAGAAUCAAAGCUCAUCGAAAACGUAUAUCUCCUUGUUCAAACCGGUCUAAGUGCUGCCCAGUGGUACGCUGCCGUAGUCUUCCCGGCGUUUGCGUUAGGUGCUGCGGUAUACUACCGCGUCUACCUCAAAAAUGUUGCCCGAUUAUAUCUUGUAAGCCGCCGAGAUGUAGAAGUAGCUGUUCAACAUACUGUGCAUAACCACAUAGUAAAUAACAAUAAUUACAUGACGAUUUAUAAAACUUAUCACUUUGUUUAUCUUAGUACAUAAAAACAAAACCAAUUUUAGGAAAAAAAAAGUAAUUGCAUUUUUUUUUCCUAAGAUUUGUAAAGAAAAACAAUCAUUAUUACAUGAAAAAUAUACAUAUCAUACUGUGCAGACUAGGUUGCCAAUAACAAGCAGGCGCAGCUCGACAAAGGCAAGCACUGCAUUUUGCAUCCCUAUUGAGCAAUAUUAUUAAUCACGCAUUUUUUUAUUCAGGAAUGAGAAGAUCCGAAAUAUUAUCGAAGUAAUAAGUAAGGUCUAUAGCAAUUGCAAGUCCCACAGAAGUCUUUAUUCAAUUAGUGAUUAAAAUAAAUUUUAAAAAUGAUUGCCUUUUUAUAACUUAGGGAGUGCCGAUAUUAUCUGUUAGUGCAAACUGCCCUAUGCAAUUUUUUCACUUUUUGGUUUAUUGAAAAUUUUAACGAGUUGCUACUUAUUCUUGAUUACUGCACUCAUUAACACUUAACACGCGCAUGUAGCCCAACCAAUAUUGGUGUCAUUUGAAAGCCCAUUAAAUAAACUUAAAAACAAACAAAAAAAGUUGAUACCACAAAUGUGACUUUAAGAAAAAAUGCCAAUUUUGCUUCCCAAAAGGGUCACUACUUGCGCUACCUUUAUUGGAUAUAAAAGGGUUAAUAUAGGUUCAAUGGGGG